AUGGCAGUGAACCUGGUAUCAUGUGACAGUGCAGAUGAAGAAGAGUAUAUUGACAUGGAGGUAAGCUCAUACUCCACCUUCUUCUCUUCUUCUCCUUCUGCACACCCUAGAGAAUUUGAGUUUCAAAUGUCUUCAAGCUCACUAGAGAAAGAACCAACCACUUCCCCAGCAGACGAGCUUUUCUAUAAAGGAAAGCUUCUUCCACUUCAUCUUCCUCCACGUUUACAGAUGGUCGAGAAGCUCCUGCAAAACUCAACUUCUACUUACGGUGAACAUGAGUUUUCUACCACUUCUACUCCUCCAUUAACUACUGCUCUCACUACACCAUUUCAAUCCUGCAAUAUUUCACCUUCAGAAUCUUGUCAAGUCAGUAGAGAGCUGAACCCAGAAGAGUAUAUAUUUGAAUAUUAUUCAACUGAAUUUAUGGGUGAAAAUGAAAUUCUUCCAAACAAGUCUAGAACCAGAAAGCUUAAACUCAUUAAGCACUUAUCACUUGCUUCUUCUAAACUCAAAGCAGCUUCCACAGCUUACUUCAAAUCUUUCUUUCGAAAAUCUGCUUCUUCAGACGACUCCAAAGUUGCAGAUGAAGGAUCUCUCUUCAAACCAAUUAAGGAUAAUAAUAAAUAUGUCAAGUUACCAAUUAAGAAAGCUCCGUUUGGACAAAUCUCAACUGCUGUCAACAAAGAAAAGAUGAUUGAUGACAAUGGUGGUUGCCAUAGAAGAUCAUUCUCGGUCUCCAUUAAACGACAAUCGACGAAGACUAGUUCUACCACUUCGUCAUCGUCAUCUUCAUCUUCAAAUCAUUCAAAUGGGUUUUAUCCUCUGCAAUUUCUGAAGAGAAGCAGUAGUACAAAUUCUGACAUGGAAAAUUCAAUUCAAGGAGCAAUUGCACAUUGCAAACAGUCUCAUCAGCAGCUUAUGAUAUGUUCAAGAAAGAGCAGUGCAAGUCACGAUGUUGGAUUUUAUUCACUAUCUGCAGUUUGUGAUGAUCAAGAAAGGGUAGAGCUUUGCAGAGGCUAG